AUGCCCAAUUCUCAACUAAACAGCCCCAGUCCAUUGGCAGCCAGAGAUCUGAACCAGAAUGUGCUUCUUCCCAAUGAUAUGUUAUUGUCGCCGUUAUUGAACCGGUAUCAAUGUAAUGUGCCGCUGCCAGCUACAACUUCUACUCCAAACAUUAAUCUGACUCCAAAGAGUUCACGCCGGCCCAGGACUAAGUCAGUCCACAAAACGGCCGAAGUUUGGAAAUUCUUUAAACAAGUCGCCGACCAUCAAGCCGCCACUUGUAAUCAUUGUGGUAAACUUAUACAAGCCAAAAACAGCAAGUAGGUUUCUCAAAGUUUAAUUAUGCUUUGUUAUCGUGUUAUUAUUGACUUUCGAUCUACCAAAAAUACUGAUAUCGCCCUUCGCAGAGUAUUUUUUAUGAUUUCAGUACGACCGGCAUGAUAAGACAUAUAAAGUCUUGUCACUCAGAAGAAUACGCUCAGCUGCAAAAAGCCAUGAAUCUACAACUUCGAAACAAACUCGACACCAUUCAGAAGUUCGCCGUGAACUCAUCUACCGAUGACUCGCUAAUUGAUAACUUAGAGAACAGUACUGAUCGUAUUCCGAAGAUCAAUGCACCUUCAUAUUCUCUCUCAUCUACGCCAAGUUCAAGUGCCAACACUACCACAUUGGGUACAAUAAGUUCUCGGAAAGAGGUUACAGAUGAUUCUGGUUUAGAAUUAAGUGAAACCUCAGAAGAUUUAAGAUCGGCAAGUACGUCAACAUAUGGGCUAACGAAUUUCAAUCCUAAAGAGUACACGAACAAAUUGAUACAGAAGAACGAGGAAAAUUCAAAAAUAGAACUUAAAGAGAAUGUACAGGUCAAAAAAGAAGGAAACGAAGACCAACUAGUGAAUGAAGUUCAAGAAGAAGUAAAACAAGAACAAGUCGAAGAAGUUUUAAGAAAAAUAGGAGAAGUUCAGCGAGUUGAAUCAAAAGAAGAACAAGAUGAUGACCAGAUAGCGACAAAUUAUGUGGGUUUUGAUUUUUAGUACGAUUUUUAUUUUAAAUAGGUUAUUUUUCAUCAUUGUUUAGAUAGCUAUGAUGAUCGCAAACGGGGACUUGCCAGAAGAAAUCAUCGACAACCAGUGCUUCAGAAGGUUUAUUUCCCAUUUAAGACCAGAAUAUGUCAUGCCAUCGCUACUGGAGUUCAAAGAAAAGAUAUUGCCACAUUUGAGAAACACAUUAAUUGCUCAAAAAUAA